AAACUUCCGGGGAAUGCGCCUGGGGCCAACAGCCACCUGUCCUUCGUUUGGGGAGAAAGAGGAGGAGCUGCUAAAAACGGAGGUCUGAGACUGAAGUGGUCAUUUGCAUUUCCCAGGCGGAGCUUUUCUUGCGUUUGGGACUCGCACUCGGGAUUGGGCGGGCUCUGUAGUGCUUGGGAGUUUGAGGGACUCCCGGGCGCUCUGCAACCCCUGUCGCGCUGCCCCACUUAACACUUAAUGCGGUAUCGCACUGGGUGAGUUACUUAACUCCUCUGUGCCUUCGCUUACUGUUCUGUAAAAGGGAAAUAAAAGUAAUUCCUUCCUAACAGAAUGUUUUGAGAAUAGUACAAAUAAAAGGUUUCAUUAAAGCUGCCUGGCACAUGGGUUAUUAAUACCACUAUAACUCUCCAAAAAGGGUCCCUCUCUCAGUUAGGUUGUUGUGCACUCUUGGCCUUUUUUAAAGGAGAGUGUUACCUCUAGCGGUACCAGGGGAUGCGAUUUAUCAGGGAUGCAAACACAAUCCUGGUAUUUCACAGCUUCCUUGGCUUCCCCAGCCGUGACUUCUCAAAAAACACUGCACGGUGGAGGAGGCAACAGAGCCCAACACUCUGUCCUCUUAGUACACUCUGUUUUCCUGGAAGGAAGAGGAAAGAAUGAGCAUGUACAAGGUGAGAGCAAUCAAAGUGAGUUGAAGGCUGCUCAAGACGGAGCAUGUGAAGAGCUUUCCUGCUGGCAGAUCUGGCAACAAAUUGUAAAUGACUUAACCAGGUGUCAAGACUUCAUGAUAAAUUGUUCACAGUUCCACAAACAAGGUGAUUCUACCUGUGAGGUUGGGGCAGGACUAUGUAUUCAAAUUUCUAAAGAUGAAAACUAUAUACCAAAUCAUAAAAUGGAUGGUCCCAGUGACACUGGAAAUUCAGAGUUUCCAACUUUGAGAGCACAAGGUUCUUGGAGGAAAACCUCUUUGAAUGAAUCCCAGAAUUAUCAGAACAACUAUCAAGAAAUUUCUAUAAAAAAUAAACUCUUACAGUAUAACCAGGAUGUUGACACCAUCAGUUGGGUAUCACGUUGCCUCAAUAAUUACGGAGCACACGGAAGUGGAAAACCUUACAGUUACAAUGAUUAUGGAAGAGACAGCAUGAAAAUUUCAACAUUGGAUCGGAAUAGUGUGAUUCAUAUAGGACAAAAACUUUACCAGUGUAAUGAGUGUAAAAAUACCUUCUAUGAUCUCUCCACCUUCACUAUUCAUCAGCAAGUACACUCAAAAGAGAAGUCGCAUGUAUGUAGUGAGUGUGGAAAAGGCUUCUGUCAUAGAUCAGUUCUUCAUGUUCAUCAGAGAGUUCACAUAGGAGAAAACGGCUGUAAGUGUGAUGAUUGUGAUAAGGAAUUAAGUAAGAGUUCACAUCUGCAAAAUCAUGAGCAAGUCCACACUGUAGAGAAACCAUUCAAAUGUGUGGAGUGUGGGAAAGGCUUCAGUCGUAGAUCUACGCUUACUGUUCAUUGUAAAUUACACUUGGGAGAGAAACCAUAUAAUUGUGAGGCAUGUGGGAGGGCCUUCACUCAGGCCUCUCAUUUUCAGGACCAUCAGAGAGUCCACACUGGGGAGAAACCAUUCAAAUGUGAUGCAUGUGGGAAGAGCUUCAGCAGGAAUUCACAUCUUCAGUCCCAUCAGAGAGUCCAUACAGGAGAAAAACCUUACAAAUGUGAGGAGUGUGGGAAGGGCUUCAUUUGUAGCUCAAAUCUAUACAUUCAUCAGAGGGUCCACACAGGAGAAAAACCCUACAAAUGUGAGGAAUGUGGUAAAGGCUUUAGUCGGCCCUCAAGUCUCCAGGCCCAUCAGGGAGUCCACACUGGAGAGAAAUCUUACCUAUGUAAAGUGUGUGGUAAAGGCUUUACUCUGAGUUCAAAUCUUCAAGCACAUCAGAGAGUCCACACUGGAGAGAAACCAUACAAAUGUGAGGAGUGUGGGAAGAGCUUCAGGAGGAACUCCCAUUACCAAGUUCAUCUUGUGGUCCACACAGGAGAAAAACCCUAUAAGUGUGAGGUAUGUGGGAAGGGUUUCAGUCAGAGUUCAUAUCUUCAGAUCCAUCAGAAGGCUCACAGCGUAGGAAAACCUUACAAGUGUGAAGAGUGCGGACAGGGCUUCAAUCAGAGCUCACGACUGCAGAUUCACCAGCUGAUACACACUGGGGAGAAACCAUACAAAUGUGAAGAGUGUGGGAAGGGGUUCAGUCGUAGAGCAGACCUUAAAAUUCAUUGUAGAAUCCACACAGGAGAGAAACCAUAUAAUUGUGAGGAAUGUGGGAAGGUCUUUAGGCAGGCCUCAAAUCUUUUGGCCCAUCAGAGAGUCCACAGUGGAGAAAAGCCAUUCAAAUGUGACAAGUGUGGGAAGAGCUUUGGUCGGAGUUCACACCUUCAAGCCCAUCAAAAAGUUCACACUGGGGAGAAGCCAUACAAAUGUGAGGAGUGUGGGAAGGCCUUCAAGUGGAGCUUGAAUCUUGACAUGCAUCAGAGGGUCCACACAGGAGAGAAGCCAUAUAAGUGUGGGGAGUGUGGUAAGCACUUCAGUCAGGCCUCGAGUCUUCAACUUCAUCAGAGUGUCCACACUGGAGAGAAACCAUACAAAUGUGAUGCAUGUGGUAAAGUCUUCAGUCGCUCUUCACAGCUACAAUCUCAUCAGAGAGUUCACACAGGAGAGAAACCUUACAAGUGUGAGAUAUGUGGUAAGAACUUUAGUUGGCGAUCAAAUCUUACAAUUCAUCAUAGAAUCCAUGCUGGUGAUAAAUCCUCUAAAAGUGACAGAGCUGGUAAGAAAAUGAGAGUGUCCACACAGGUAAAAUGUUUUAUAAAAUGA